ACUUCAACUUCAUCUAGAAAACACUGUAGAAAAGUUUCAUUUCGUGUAGGAAACAACCUCAGAGUAUUAUUUUAUUGGUAUUGUUAUUAUUAUUGUUAUUAUGAGUAUACAGUCAGGAUAGUGAAGUUUUAUUUAUUUCAUUUCAUUUAAAUUCAUUUUGAAACGAGUUAAAUAACUAUUCCCACCAAUAAUCAACCUCACAGUGUCCACACUCAUUAAAGAUCACUGCAGCCCAAAAUAAUCCAAACUGAUUUACUGUCAAUAAACGGAUGGAAGUGAUGCUGAAAUAACGACACCAUGAUGGCGGGUGUUAACCGACUGAAUUCAGACUCAUAUUUUACAACUUCCUCUCUUCCUUUACUUCAAGUUCAAGUAGUCUUACAAGACCGUACGGGCUGGAGCUAGCAGUUACUAGCUGGUUAGCAUGCUAACCUCAGUAACACAACACACAGAUGGCUUCGACAUACAGUCGUAGCUGUUAGGGUGAGUUUCCACCAUAAUGCAAAUGAAUGAAGUCUGAGGUAAAGAGGACGACAUACGGAGAGACAGAGCUGAAAUUCAGAAAAUCAUCAUGAUGUCGUUAUUUCUGCAUCAUUUUGAUCCGUUUAUGGACAUUAAAUCACAGAAAGUAUAAUUGAGGCCAUUUCUUUUAUUUAUUUUUAUUUCUAUUACACAUUACCCCUUUUAUAACAGAGCGAUCAGUAACAGCGUGUCUGUAAAACUCUAAAGCUCCAGACAGUAACAAUGUCAUAUUGAACACCAAAGAUUAGUUUUGAUCAUUAUAAUAAUCAAUUAAUUGUCUUAAAGACAAACACUGCACCUUAAUUCUGGUUUUUGCUUUGACGUAUCUAUUAUUAUAAUGAAACAGUUCCUCUGAAGAAUAUUGAAGCAUAUUGAAGCUUUCUGCUCAAGUAAUCAUAUCACUAAUAAUCAGUUCCUUCUCUACUUUCUGGAUAAAAAACAAAACAAAAUACAGAACUAUUUAAAAUGUGCCUUAAAAAACAUCAGAAUUUAAAUAAAGUGUCUCUAAUGGUCUUCUGUAGAAACAGCAGCUGCAGCAGUUACAUGUUAUCUCUUUAUAUUUAUCCAUUAUUGUUGUGAAAGUUAAAUCUUGGGAAAUUAAGGAUCUGCUGAGUGGAUAUUAAACUGUGUACUUUAUAUUUAUUUAAUAUUUUUGUCAGUGGGAACUAUUUGAAGUCAAAUAGUGAUUGUGAUUAUAUUUAGUGACUGAUCCUUUCAUCCUUCUCAGGACCAGCUCUUGAUAAUUUCCUCAGUUAUAACAGCGUCUCUGCUGUAAAUGAUCAGACUGAAUUUUGUCUUAUUGUGAAAUAAACAGUACCACCUUUCUACCACAAGAUGGAGCCACUCAAUCACCUCAUACAACACAGCACUGUUAGUACUAAUACUGAUACUAAUAUUGAUACUGAUAUUGAUACUGAUACUACUGAUGUAAUAUUGAUACCACUGUUUAUUCUGUUAGUACUAGUUCUAAUAGUGUAGCGAUAUAAUGUUGUUAUCACUCCUUAUUGUUGCUGUUCCUACUGGAACCUGGACUGCUGUUAGUGCUCGUACUUCUAACUUACUAUAACUUCUUCUGUUUCUAUUAUAAUGUAAAUAUUAUUUCCUCUACAGUUACAUACUGUAACUAUAGUACUGAUGCUGCUGAACCUGUAGUUUCACUGCUACUACUAUUAAAGGUUCUCCUGCUGUUAGUAUCGUUGUUAUUACUGCUGUAACUGUCCUCCUAUAGUUACUACUACUUCACCUGAAACUAUUACUGUAAUAGUUUUAUUGGUACUAAUACAACUACUGAUAAUAACUCGACUACUGCUGUUACUACCCUGACUACUACAGUACUCCACUGCUAUUAACACUUACUACUUCCAUCAGUCUAUCAGUUACUGCUGCUGCUACAAAUACUACUAAUGCUGCUAAUAAUAGGACUAUUACCAAUCUGUUUUCCUGAAGCAGUUUCAGUUCCGGGUUUGAAGCGUCUGAGCGUCUGAUGAAACCUGCUGUUUGUGGUUCAUCACAAUCACCCUCUGAAACAGGAAGUGAGCUGAGUACUUCUCUCGCUGUGAAGGAAGACGCUGUGUCAGACUGGUUCCUGUACUGGAUCAUGGAUCUGAUUUGGGUCAUCCUCCUGGUGUUCCUGGUGUGCACCGAGGCCGGGAAUCUGACGGAGGUCCGAGUGGAACUGGGUCACAAUGCCACACUGAACUGCUCACUGGAACCACCAAACAUCUACUGGUACAUGGAGGUACACAGUCAGUGCAGAGCCCUCAUCAUACGUACUUUUACUAAGAAUAAGACGAACAGUAACUCCAUUUAUACUACUUUUAUAAGCAAAUAUAUAGCGGAGGUAAACAGGCUUACGAUUGUGAACGCCACAGCAGAGGACUGCCGGCUGUAUUUCUGUGCCAGAAAACAAAAUAACAGCUUUAUAUUUGAAGAUACUUUCCACCUCGUCUCAGAUGUUCCAGCUGUCACUCCGCCCACCAACAGCUGUGCAGGGAACCACCAGCAGCUGCAGCAAAACAGGCCGAUAUGGCAGAGUGAGCUCAUCCUGUACGGCUCCUUCGCCCUGAAUAUCGCCCUCCUCGUCUUCAUCUUCAUCGGUUUGGUUUUUACGUCUCACCUUAUGAAGAAGAAGAAGAACUGCAACGUCCAGCUGAAUGACCCUUCACCUUUGAGCCCUGAGAACCCAGAGAGACUGGAAGCAGCACAGUACGAGGAGAUCCAGCUCCCCACCUACAGAGCCCGCCCACCUGCUGCUCCUUCUUCAGAGUGUAUUUACUACAAAGCUCAGCUUCCUCAAUCCACACUACCUCAACUGUGACACCUGAACAUCUGGACAUCUGGACAGUUAAUGAACAUCUGGACAGUUACUGAACACCUGGACAGUUAAUGGACACCUGGACAGUUACUGAACACCUGGACAGUUACUGAACACCUGGAUGGUAUAGUAGUAAUUAGCAGUAAGCAGUAAAUAGCAUUAGCAGUAAGUAGCUUGCUCCACUUGCACAGAGCAGAAAGGGGUGGAGCUUAGGAAGGUUUUGAACCUGUAAUGUUUGUCUUAAAACCCCCUUUAUCUUUAGACUGUGUACCUAACAGGAAGUCAACACGUUUGUGUUUCUGUUUGUGUUUCUGUCAGAACAAAAUCUCUGAAAACAUAAAAGUUUAACAGACUCCACAUUUCUGUGUCAGAGGUCACUGACAGUGUCACACAGUAUUUUAAACCUGUCUGUAAACAUGUCAAACAUCAGUAUAUAGGUUGGAGUCGUCUGCAUAUAGAGACACUGCAGCUGCUGGAGAGACUGUUACUAUAUUACAUUAAAAAAGAAGCUCUGAGACACAGAUCCUGUUACUGGAGGCAACCAGGAGCUUCAGUUCGAGCUGCUUUCAGCCGUUGAGGUUGUGGGUGUGGGUGGAAGGUGUGAGGUUGAACAAACUCUCCACUAAGCCUCAGAUUUAACACUUGAAACCUUUUAUUUGACAACAUUACAGACACAUUACUGCAGAAUUCAGAAUGUUUAUUACUAGAAUGUACAAUAAAGUCUUUGCUUCAGGUUUUGCUGUUGUUGUUGGGUAAAGGUGUAAACUCUCUGAAGCAGCUGUUUCUGAGACAGUGUAAACAAACAAGGUGUUGUUUGUCUGAGCUCGGAAAGUUUGAUAAAGGCAUCAACCUCCUACUCACACUGUGGAGGUUUGAGAAAUAUCCUGGGUGGGAAAAGUUGGCUAAAACUUGAACCUUUUUCUUUUGAAAGAAAUGUUGCUUUGUGACUGCAGCAAAACCACAUACAGAGGUGUGAUUUUAAUACUUUGGUCUCUUCCUGCUGCCUCCACCUGCCCUUCAACGUUUCCGUUCCAGCCUACAGAGCGAAAGGCUUUACAAUCUGAUCAAUCUGAGGACAAUACUUAUUGAUUACUCUUAAAUUAGGUCUACAAACCGGUGAAACUGAGUUGAAUGACGGCCAAGAUAAUGUGUUAAACGUGUGUGAAAUGUUGUCGUAAUUACAGCAUCAAUUGUUCACCAAUGUGUUUGUGAUAGUCAGAAGGUCUGUUGGCAGUGAUAAUAAAGUUGUGCUUUUGUACAUUUAUAAUAAAGUUUUGGGGGGGGAUUUUAAGCUGUGAGGAGCAGAGAGUUCAGAUAUUUGUGUAAAGAUGUAGGAAGUAAAAGUAGGAAGUUGUCAUAAAAUAAACACUUAUUAAGUAAG